CNUCAUGGAGAAGUCUCUCGUCGAGACCGACCCUGAGAUCGCCGAGAUCAUGAAGAAGGAAAUUCAGCGCCAGCGCGAGUCUAUCCUCCUGAUUGCCUCGGAGAACGUCACUUCGCGCGCCGUCUUUGAUGCUCUGGGUUCGCCCAUGAGCAACAAGUACUCCGAGGGUUACCCCGGUGCCCGCUACUACGGCGGCAACGAGCACAUUGACGCCAUUGAGCUCACUUGCCAGGCUCGCGCUCUCGAGACCUUCGGCCUUGACUCUGAGAAGUGGGGUGUCAACGUCCAGUGCUUGUCCGGCUCUCCCGCCAACCUUCAGGUCUACCAGGCCAUCAUGCGUCCUCACGACCGCCUGAUGGGUCUUGACCUACCCCACGGUGGUCACUUGUCCCACGGUUACCAGACUCCCCAGAGAAACAAUUGGGNNAUCUCUGCCGUUUCUACCUACUUCGAGACCUUCCCUUACCGCUGCAACCUCGAGACUGGCCUCAUCGACUACGAGCAGCUCGAGCAGAACGCUCUCAUGUACAGACCCAAGGUCAUCGUCGCCGGUACCUCUGCCUACUGCCGUACCAUCGACUACAAGCGCUUCCGCGAGAUUUGCGACAAGGUUGGCUGCUACCUCAUGGUCGACAUGGCCCACAUCUCCGGUCUGAUCGCUGGUCGCGUUAACGACUCUCCCUUCCCCUACGCCGAUAUCGUCACCACCACCACUCACAAGUCUCUCCGUGGACCCCGUGGUGCCAUGAUCUUCUUCCGCAAGGGUGUCCGCAAGACCGAGAUGAAGGCCGGUAAGGAGAUCCAGACCCUCUACGACCUUGAGGGUCCUAUCAACUUCUCCGUCUUCCCUGGUCAUCAGGGUGGUCCUCACAACCACACCAUCACUGCUCUUGCUGUUGCCCUCAAGCAGGCUCAGUCAGACGAGUUCAGACAAUACCAGCAGCAGGUCAUCAACAACGCCAAGGCUCUUGAGAUCGAGUUCAAGAAGCUCGGAUUCACCCUUGUCACUGGUGGUACCGACAACCACAUGGUCCUCAUUGACUUGAAGCCUUUCUCUCUUGACGGUGCCCGUGUUGAGGCUGUCCUUGAGCAGAUCAACAUUGCCUGCAACAAGAACACUACCCCCAGCGACAAGUCUGCCCUGACUCCUUACGGUAUCAGAAUUGGUGCUCCCGCCAUGACCUCGCGUGGUAUGGGCGAGGACGACUUCAAGCGCAUUGCUGGCUACAUUGACCAGGCCAUCAAGGUCUGCAAGUCUGUCCAGGCCGACCUGCCCAAGGACAACAACAAGCUCAAGGACUUCAAGGCCAAGGUCGCCUCUGGCGAGGUCGAGGAGAUCAAGAAGCUCAAGUCUGAGAUUGCUCAGUGGGCCACCACCUUCCCCCUGCCCAUC